AUGUAUUUCGUUAAAGCUUUUGUUAGGGUCUCUGUUUCUUUGGUGAAGAAAUCAGAUAUCCAACCAUCCGCCAUUCCCAGACCUAACCUCCAUGGCUGCUGUUCAACGGUGAUUGAAUUGCAGGGAUUGCCUUUGCCUAUAUAUCUUAAGGAAGUGAAGGCAGCAGAAGAGCGCAGAUUGAAAAAUGGAGGCAAGAAAUCAGGAGACAAACCACCAGGGCCUAAAGGAAUACCAAUUUUUGGCAACAUGUUUCACUUGGGGGAUUUGCCUCACCAAACCAUGUACCACUGGGGCAAAACCUAUGGACCUCUCCUUUGGCUUAAUCUCGGCCAGGUUAAUACGAUGAUCGUUCAGAAUGCCACUACGGCUGCUGAGUUGUUUAAGAAACACGACGUGCCGUUUGCUGACCGCAAGGUGCCUGAUACACUCACGGCAUUCAAUUUCAAUGCGGGGUCGUUGGGGAUGAACACGUUUGGUGGACACUGGAGGGUACUCCGGUAA